GAGAAGCUGAUCACCAGCAAUGAUGACGCAGCUGACGAGGAUGACUUCUUCCUCAGGGGUCCGUCCAGCAAGAAGACGGUGCGCUUCGCCUCCGACAAACUGAAAGAUGUGAGGGUGCAGAUUGCCGAGGUGACGGACGUGAUGCGGGACAAUGUGGGUCGCCUACUGGAGCGUGGGGACCAGCUGGACCAUCUACAGGACCGCUCUGAGGGCCUGGCCACCACCUCAGACCAGUUCCGCUCAUCCGCUGGCCGCCUCCGCCGACGAGCCUGGUGGGAGAACAUGCGUGGGCGGUUGUGUAUAGCGGCGGUGGCUGUUCUCCUCUUCCUUGUGAUAUUCAUUCCUGUUACAAUCAAGUCCCUUUCAUCAUAGAGGAUCUGCCACCACCUCCAGCACCACCACCUCCACCACCUCCAAUACCGCUGAUACUACUUCAAAUGUCUGCUGCAGCCCCUUCAUAGUUAUAGCUGGAGUUUUUUGUAUACUACAAUAGCAGUAACUACUACUAUUCUAUGUACUACUGCCUACUACUACUACAUCAUGGUUAUGGUUAAGUUUAUAGUACAGUGGAACCUCAAAUCACGAAUGCCUAUUCAUGAACAAAUUUUCCGCACAAAAAACGUCUCGGGUGACGAACAGUGUCUGGAGCUAUGAACACGCAAGUUGGCAGCAUGGUGGGGCGACAAGCCGGGAGUGUUGGCGGGAGAGCAUCAGUUGCUGAGUAGCUUUGGCUAAAUACACAAGGUGGAAGAGACUAACCUUUUAAACAAUAACAUCUCUUCCCUUUCCCUUCCUCACCACCUUACACUUAUUAAAGCCAGUGUCACAUGGGGCUUUCUUCCUCCAAUCACGUUGGCGGUAAGGGCAACUGGGAACUCCAACUUUUCCAAGUGUAGGUCACACACGGGCAAGGUCGGUCGUUCGUGUCCACAGUGUGAACAAAGUAGUCACCCUGUAUCCACAUGGGGCUGUCUGCUGACCAUAGUAGUUCCACUGAUCCUCUCUCCUCAGCAACUGCCGUCGUCUGUUUGUUUACAUACAGCCACGCAAUUGCUCGUACCCACAACCGUCGGAUAAAAACGGCCAGUGUGUAACCGCCUAUUGAGCCGUCAGCUCUUCUCCGAACGGGUGCGGUAAAAUUAAAUUAAGUUUUCAUCUAUAUUUUAUCUGUUUAGUAUUGUAUUUAUCUUUUUUUGUGUUAGGCUUAUUGAUUUCCAUUGGUUUUAUGUUAUGAACUUGUGCACAAAGUACUGUUGUAAAAGUUUAAAUAAGCAAUCAUCUGGGGUCCAGGAAUGGAUUAUUCCAUUUUAUACUGAUUCCUAUGGGGAAAAUAGCUUUGGUUUACAAACAUUUCGGGUGACGAACGGCCUUCAGGAACGAAUUGAGUUCGUGAACCAAGGUUCCACUGUAUUAUGCAGUGAUAGCUAUAACUGCUAUUUCUACUUCUGUUGCUAAUUUUAGGGGAUCUCAAGAUGCUGAAAAGGCCAAAGUGUAGUUAAUGCCCAUUAACCGCCUCACCGCGGGGUUACAUUUGUGGGCAAUACUGUACCCGGGCUGCCUGCACAUUCCAGUGUUGAAACUAAUAAUACAGUAUUUUUAUAAAGACUUUAUUUAGGAGUGUUUCACAUCAUUUGCAAGGUUACUGAUUUUUCUAUAUCUCUUCUGGUGUGUGUAUUGUUGAUAUCUAAUAAGAAGGAACUACAGUAAUACCUCGGUUUACAGUGCCUUAGUUUAUGAGCGUUUUGAUUUACGAGGAAAAAAAAUCACUAAAAAUGCCUUGGUUUAUGAGCGGUGACUUGGUGUGUGAACAUCCUGUUUGUACAAGUGGAAGACGGCAGCGUGGGUUCCCUUUGUUUUCCACAAGACGAGUGUGCUCAGAGCGGAAAACAAUGAGAGUGGGGUCUCAAGCUGGUGUCACACUGGGCCUUUUUCCUCCAACUGCGCUGGUGGUAGGUGCUACAGGCAACUCCAACUUUUCUGGGUGUGCGUCACACACAACCAAGGUUGGUUGCCCAUACCUACAAUGUAAACAAACCAGUCGCCCGGUAUCCACAUGGCUCCGUUUGCCAAGGUAAGGGCUGUUGUGGCUUGUGCUGCUGUUACUCAAAUUAUGGACUUGUCGCCACAGUUAAAUGGAGGGAAGAAGCUGUUGUGGGCACGAUCAUGGCUUCAAAGACGGGAGAACAGGAGUGUUUACCCAAAACAACAACUCGUUCCCGGUUGGGCGUACAGGUAACCACAUUUGCUCCUAGCUACAACAGUUGGAGUGUGACACCGCCUUCAUCCCGUGUGUACUGUACACUCACAGAGGUAGCACCCACGCACUUGUGUCCACUUACAUUUGUAGUCUAGUGUGCGAUCAUUGUGUUUUCAGUACUAUAUUAUUACUAAAUUAAUUAUAUAUAUAUAUAUAUAUAUAUAUAUAUAUAUAUAUAUAUAUAUAUAUAUAUAUAUAUAUUAUUUAUAUUUUUAUUAUUAUAGUAUAUUAUUUAUAUUCUUUAUCAUUGCUAUCUCUCAGUGAAACUCCUUUUAUUCUGUAUAAAAUAACAUGUAAAAUGAUUUUUGUUUAUAUUUUUGGGGAUAUGGGACACAUUAAUGGGAUUCACAUUGAUUCCAGUGGAGAAAUUCAUUUUGGUUUGAGAGAAAAAUUGUGGAAUGAAUUCAACUCGUAAACCAAGGUAUGACUGUGUGCCUUGCCAAGAGUUUUCUUUUGAGCUUUGUAUUUAUAUUGAGAGAGAGAGAGAGAGAGAGAGAGAGAGAGAGAGAGAGAGAGAGAGAGAGAGAGAGAGAGAGAGAGAGAGAGAGAGAGAGAGAGAGAGAGAGAGAGAGAGA